AUGGAAGACUCUACACCAUCUCCUAAUGAUACUGUUUCUAGUACCCCAAUACUAAGCGAAACCGGAACAGAAAUAGUCUGUGAUACGUAUUCUCAUAAUGAUCACUGGAAAGCUAUAACACUAAAAGAUAAUCAAAAUCAAAGAGUUUGGAAAUGCCAACAUUGUGUAAAGACGUAUUCAAUAAAUACAAGUAGAACACACUUAAAAGAACAUACUACUUUGCGAUGUCCUAAAUCUCCACUAUCUGAUACUCAAAUCAAAGCAUUCCUGAAGAUUACAAAAAAUGAAAUGGAUAAGUCAAUAGUUGACUUGGUUGUUAGUACAGGAAUGUCCUUCAAUAUUCUUGAUAGCUCAUUGUUUCGUCAAGUGGCUAGAAAUCUCCAAUAUGUAAAACAUUCGUAUAAAAUUCCACAUUCAACAACAAUAUCACGACAUCUUACGGGUGAUAUAUUCAAUUUAAGAUUUGACUUUAUCAAGAAUAUACUUGCCAAGUCUCCUGGGCGAAUUUCACUAACAUGUGAUGGGUGGCAUUCAACCGUUCAUAGGUGUCACUAUAUUGUUGUUACGGGGUCAUGGAUUAGCGAUGAUUGGAGAGUAGUUAAUAUAAUUUUAAGUUUCCAAAAAUCUGGGCAAACAGCAGAUGAUAUAUUAUCAACAAUAAUAGCCACUUUAGAAGCAUAUUCUAUCAAAGAAAAAAUAGUUGCAAUUACCAUGGAUAACACUACUACGAAUAAAGCCGUAAUUAAAGAAGGCUUGAAGGAAAUAAGCCAGUUGAAAGAGAAGGUUCAUAAAAUUAUGAAAUACUUAUCUAAUCCCUUAUCUAGUGGUAGAAUAGAAAUAUUAAGAUCAUACUGUCGAAUUUCUGGAAUAAAACCUUUGCAACCUAUCCUUGAAAUAGACACGCGUUGGAACUCUACGCUGGCUAUGUUUGAGAGAUAUAUUUAUCUACAUCCAGCCAUUCGUGAGAUGUGUUCAAAGGAAUCCUCCAUGCCCUCUUGUUUAGACAAUGAAGAGUUUGCAGCACUUAAAGCCUUCUGUCAACUUCUCAAGCCAUUUGAAAGCGCCACAUUAAUGCUUUCAAAAGAACAAUCUAAUUCAAUUUCUGAUGCGAUUAUGGUAAUAUUAGAGAUUGGUCAACAUAUUAAAAAAGUUAGCACUAGAAUAGGUUGCCAUAUGAAAAAAAAAUUUGACAAAUACUGGAACAUAAUUAUCGAUCAUGUCAUAAUCGCACAUGUACUUGAUCCAAGAUAUAAGUUGGAGCAUUUAGAAGCAACGUUAAUUGAAGUUGGUGGAUAUAGUGAAAAUGAAGUAGAUCUGUUUGUUAAUAAUAUUCGAAAAAAGAUUAUUUCUCACGGAACAAAAUAUACAAAUACAGAACCUCCAAAUAUUGAAGUUCCUGAAACCGUUAAUAUUAAUAAUGAGUCUACAUCCGAUUUUUUAUUUCCUAGAAGAAUUUCAAAAAAAAGAAAAUACAAUGAAAACUCGAUUGAAUCCGAAUUAGAAUUAUAUGAAAACGAGUCACUUGAAGAUUUCACAAAUGACAAUGAAAAAAAAGAAAAUAAUGGAAUACUAUUUUGGAAGUCGUUAUCAAAAAGUUUUCCAAUACUCAGUAAAAUGGCACGCGAUUAUCUAAGUAUUAAACCUUCAAGUGUCUCUAGUGAAAGGGCAUUUUCAAGGGCGGGUUUUACGAUCACUAAUGAUAGAGCAACUAUCAGUGAAAAAACUGUUUCUAGCAUGAUACUUAUGCAUUCAUGGCUCCUAGAAAGCCAAAAUGAGUUUAGUCCUCUUAAUGCUCUUCCUUAA